CCCGUGGCCGACUCUUCCCCCGCGGGUGCCAAGUGGACGGAGACGGAGAUAGAGAUGCUGAGGGCUGCUGUGAAGCGGUUUGGGGACGAUCUUAAUCACAUCAGCUGUGUCAUCAAGGAACGGACAGUGGCUCAGAUAAAGGCCACGGUGAAGCGCAAAGUAUAUGAAGACUCCGGCAUCCCCCUUCCAUCUGAGUCACCCAAGAAAGGGCUGAAGAAGGUGGCAUCGGGUGUCUUGUCGCCUCCUCCAGCUGCCCCUCCACCAAGCAGCUCCAGUGUCCCUGAGGCUGGGGGUCCCCCCAUAAAGAAGCAGAAGGCCGAUGUGACCCUCAGUGCUCUGAACGACUCCGACGCCAACAGUGACCUGGUGGAUGUUGAAGGGCUAGGAGAAACUCCUCCAUCCAAGAAACUCAACUUCGACCAGGACAGCCUGACCCUGGAUUCUGGCCUUCUCGUGACCUCCGCUCAGCCUCCUCUGCUGUCUCGCUGAGCCCUCCACCUCUGACCCCUCUCACUGUUUACCCUGGACCUGUGGAUCGCCUGGGACUCUGAGCAAGGCCUGCCCGAGAGAGGGUCAAAGGACUGCCAGGGCUGCCCCCUGGCUGUCGCUGUAUAAGCAUCUGCCCCAAACCCUUUCGUGUGCAUCUGAUGGACAUUUUUAUACAGAAAAAAAUAAAGACUUCCCUCUC